UGAACCCCCACUUAUACUCGUUACCCUGCCAUUGCUCUCAUCCUCAUCCAUCAUUUGACAAAAUCAAACCACCUUCAUCAACUUCCCUUAAAACACAAGACACCACAUUGUCAGUGCUACAUGCUACACAACGUAGCCAUAUUAUAUUACCUUUUCUCUUCGUUACAACACACAAAGAUACACAACACAACACAAAACCAUCACUAGAUGCGACACGAUCGAGCUGCCAAGAUUUGAGAAAUGAAGAAGCGGUAUCCUCUCCCUGAGAGACGGUGGUUCCUGGGAUUGGCUAUAGUGGGCUUGAUAGGAGCGGUGCUGUUCAUAGCCACCGCGAUCACAGCCUCCGACAGACGGUUCAUGUGCCAGCUAGCGCCGGGGAUCAUCAAGACACGAACCCAAACUGGUGAGGAUUACAACCCAACGCCGAUCCAGCUGAGGGCCAUACUCCACUACGCCACCUCUCGCGUCACCCCUCAACAAUCAGUGUCGGAGAUCAAGAUCAGCUUCGACGUGCUCAAAUCAAUGGGCCGACCCAGCAACUUCCUAGUCUUUGGGCUGGGCCAUGACUCCCUCAUGUGGGCCUCAAUGAACCCAGGUGGCAACACGCUGUUCCUGGAGGAGGAUCCCAAGUGGGUCCAGACCGUCCUCAAGGACGAGCCGGGCCUGCGAGCCCACACCGUUCGGUACCGCACCCAGCUUCGGGAAGCCCACGCGCUACUCUCGUCGUCACGGUCCGAGCCCGCGUGCUCCCCGAAUAAAGCCUUCCUGCGUGGCAACCGGGCCUGCAGGCUCGCGCUGGAGAAUCUACCUGACGAGGUGUAUGAGACUGAGUGGGAUCUGAUCAUGAUCGACGCGCCUAAAGGGUAUUACGCGGAGGCUCCCGGCCGCAUGGCUGCCGUGUUCUCGGCCGCAGUGAUGGCAAGGAACCGGAAGGGAUCCGGUGUAACGCACGUGUUCCUACACGACGUGGAUCGGAAGGUGGAGAAGGUUUACGCUGGGGAGUUCCUUUGCAAGAAGAACUUGGUGAAGGGAGUUGGAAGGCUUUGGCAUUUCCAGAUACCACCAUCCUAUAACCGCACCGAUGCUAAGAGUUUCUGUUAGAACUUAGAACGUAACUUUUGUUUGUUACACUUGAUAUAUUCAUCGUCAUUUUUUUUUUUCCAUUGUCUUGUAUUACAGUGAGACUCAAAACUUUAUUUAUUUCUAGGCAGAUAAUUUCUCUAUUAUCCUUCCAGAAUUCAUUUUAAUCAAUGUCUUCCUGUGAUUACUUACCAUACAUGCGUCCUUACACAUU